AUGCGGAAAACUGAAAUACUUGCAAAAUACUUCGGUCAACUUAUAAACUUUCCUGAACCGAAACAUAAAUUGGAAUUCUCUGAAACAACUGAAAAUCUGGAAGAAGAUAUACCACCUAAUGCUGAAAAAAUUAAGGAAGCAAUUAAAAAUCUAAAAAAUAAUAGAGGUAGUGGGGAAUACUCUAUAACAGCUGAAUUUUUGAAUUGGUCUCUGUCAAAAAUCAUUAAAGAGCUGAAGAUAAUCUUCGAAGAUAUUUGGAGAACAGAGAGGUUUCCAGAAGAGUGGAAAGUAAUCUCAAAUAUAUUGCUGAAUAAAAUAGAAACAACACUUGAUAAGCAACUGGAUUUUAAAAAGGCAAUUGACUCUGUUGAUACAGAAACCUUAGGUAAAGCAAUACGUGAAUUUGGAGUUAAAAAUAAAUUGACAAACUUAAUACGUGAAACAUUCACUGACACGAUUUCAAAAGUAAAAUUUAUGAGUGAGAUAUCUAAUCCUCUUGAGAUAAAUACAGAUGUAAGGCAAGGUGAUGGUUUAUCUCCUCUUCUGUUCAACUGUGUUCUAGAAAAAAUUGGAAGAAUUAGAAAGAUAAAGUUAAUAGAACAAAACAUUCCGACAGUAACUUUGGGUAGAAAAAACAAAGGCAUUGAAAUAUGUUGCCUAGCAUUUGCAGACGAUAUUGCUAAAGUGUCAGACAACCUAAGUAGUGUAACAACACAAAUCAAUCCCUUGGAUGAAAUACCUAACAAAGCAGGUUUGAAAAUCUCCGUAGAAAAAAUUAAAAUUAUUAACAACAUCAAGAACGCACCAAAACUUUUAUCUAGAGAUAUUGAAAAAUCUGCAGUAGAAGAGAGGUUACGAAAGAUGGAAAUAGCGUAUGGUAUCACAAAAUUAGAUAAACUAGAAGUACUAGAAAGGAGAAUCAUGAGGAAAAUAUUAGGUCCAGUGAAAACAACAAAAGUAUGGAAUUUAAUAUCUAAUGACGACAUAUACAGGAACAAAGAAGACAUGACAGAAACGAUAAAGAAUGGAAGACUUCAAUUUUUUGGCUAUAUCUACAGAAUAGAUGAGUCCCGAUUAUCAAAAAGGAUACUCAUGUAUCUUUGGGAGGAAAAGGCAACAACUAGCUUUGAUUCGAGAGUUAAAGAAAUAAUAUAA